UACUGAAUCGGGACAUAAUUAAAUUAUUAUUUAAGCGAUGUUAUUAAUUUAUCGAGGUUCUACUGUAAUUGCUUAAAUUUAAGCGAUAAUACGGGGUGACUUUGCUAAUUAAUACUACUUCACAUGGGACAUUUUUAGCAAUUUACUAUUUUACAGGGGUACUAGUUGCAAUUAGAAAAUAUUUCAUAUUCAUCCCCAAAAAAUAUUUUCUGUGUUCACUGUUCUGCACUUGAUCGCCAAAUUCAGCUGAAGCCAACCCACCUGAGAAAAAAAAAAAAAAAAAAAAAAAAAGGGAUGUACGAUCAUAGAUUCCAGCGCACCGAUCAAUGGAAGCCGAUUUAUUCAUGGCUGGAAUCAAUCGACACAGACGAAGUUAUUAAAUCCAAAGACGUCGUUGAUUGGCUGACGGCGAACCCUGAAAUCAGAGACCACUUGUACACCCGCCAUUCCCGCUACCAUCUGAUGCACUACAUCAAGAAAUGCCAUGUUAAAAUCCUCAAGCGGAAGGAAAAACAAGGAUUGAUUGUUGCUAAAUUACCUCCUUCUAAGUCUGAUCAGAAUGCUGACGAAAAUUUUCCCGGUUCGCCUCACUUUAUUGGAAAUAAUAUCAGCAGUAUGCCUAAAGACAGUGAGCUGUAUAGAGCAAAACGCAGUGAGGCUCGUCGAAAAUACGAGAUUUUGGUAGAGUUCGAAAAACAGCUUAUACCGCUCUUUGGAAAACGGGACAACUGAUAUACAGAUGUGUGAUACAGAAGUGAUGUGUGUAUCUAUUUACAUACAGAAUUGGAAAACUAUGGGAGUUAGUUGUUGUCUGUAUGCUCAUGUUGUUUGUAGGCUUGUAGUUUUGUAUUUUGUAAUUUUCUUGAUUAGUUAUGUGACAUCAUCUUGUUAGUAAAUUAUAUUAUAUUUUUAAUUUAAAAGAAAGCUUUUAUAUAUUGA